AUGGCGGGCGGCCACCAGCACCAGCAGCUGUGGACCAGAUGCACGCAGUGCCAGACAUGUGAAUGGAACGGGGUGCUGGCCCGCCGCCACAACAUCUGCAACGGAUGUGGCAAUGAGGUCAAGCCGUUCGAGAAGAAGAGGAGACCGAGGCGGGUGCAGUUCGUGGAUGAGUUUGGCGACAGCGACGCCGACGGCUUCUACGACGCCACCAGCGGCAGCGAGAGCGAGCGCCCGCAGCCACGGCGCCCAGGCAUCUUGAAGGGCCCCGUGGGGAGCGGGCUGGGAGGCGGCAAGGGCGGCAAGGGGGGCAAGUCCGUGAAGAGCCUCCUGGAGCAGGCCCUUGCUGCAGCCACCGACCCCACGCUCAAGGCGGACCUCCAGGCGCAGCUGGACAAACUCGCCAAGGAGGAGAGCGGGCGGGAG